AGCGUUAGCGCAGCAUACUUGCUAGCGAAAACAUCAACAUCCGGUUGCUUGGUGCUGCUGAAAAGUGCUUCCGUGUCACAAUUUUCCACUUAUUAUUAUCAUGAUUAUUAUGUGGGUUUUGUUGUGGUCGGCAGAGCAGGAUUGGAUUGGAUCGGAUCCUGUCUGAGCCCUUCACCAGAUGAGGUUAGUCAAGUAAUCCGGUCGGUCUGGGACCAGCGGCUGUGACUUCAGGCUGACGCGCGGCUCCGGCCCAGCCCCAGAACCGGCUCUUCAUCAUCAUCAUCCUCAUCAUCCUCCUCCUCCUGCUGCUGGUGCGCAGUGAGUCUCCGCUCCACAUUAUUCCCACGCGUCAAGGACUCGGACUCACACAACGGGCCUCCGACUCGUCCUCGUCCUCCUCCACCUGCCACAAGAUGUAUCACUCUGACCACGGCGUCGACUUCCUGGACCUCUCCUUCCACAUCCCUGGCAGCGCUGCAGAGCUCGGCCCAGCGAACUGAGUCUGAACACAACCAUCAACGCGUCACACUUGCUGCCCGCCUCCCCCCCGGCACCCAGGCUCUGCCUCAGCUGCUGCUGCAGCUCCGGUCCCACCCUCCCUCCUCUCGGAGGAUGGACAGCCCUCCUAAACUGUCUGGCGAGACCCUGAUCGUGCAUCACAUCCCGCUGGUGCACUGUCAGGUGUCGGGCGGGCGGCAGGGGGGCUGCGGUGGCGGCGGCUGCGGCGGCGGCGGCGGCUCGCUGAAGCGGAGCAAAGCGUUCAGCCCGCCGGAGAACCUGGGCCUGAGUCGCACCACUUCCCUCCCCGAGCGGGACGUCCUCCAGAGAGAGGCUCUGCUCUACAGCAGCCUGAUCCAGACCUCCAGCGGCGCCUGGUCCUCCCACAACAGAGCUCGGGAGAGGAACGGCGGCGGCGGCAGGGGAGGCAGCACGGCGAGCGACGACUCGUCGUUCACCUCGAGCAAUUCGGAGGAGCAGCUGAUCACGGCUCACACUCUGCCCAGGGCGAGGCCGAGGAGCAGGAACCCGCUGCGUCAUAAUCCCUUCCUGCUGAACACUGAGGAUGACGACGAUGAAGAAAUAGAGGAGGAGGAGGAGGACGGCGACAACCUCAGCGGCUAUCUGGAGGACUCGUCGUUUCACCUCCACAGCGACUCUAACCCGGCCCUCGGCGGCGGACUGGCUCCGUUCCGCCUGCACGACCUCGGCUUCGCCCCCGAGCCCUUUCUCCUGCACGGCUCGGCGGGAGGGGGCGGCCGCGAGUCGCUGAGGGCCGUCGCCUCGGAUCUCGCCGGCCACCUGGAGGACCUGGACAUCCUGGGUCUGGACGGCCAGCGUCGCCACGGCAGCAGCGGUUCCAACAUGUCCAUGGACUGCGGAGAGCACGACUGGGGCGACGACGACGAGGAGGACGAAGACCAUCCCAUGCGGUGCGGGCGGAGCAGCAAGACGGGCUCCUACUCGUCGAGCUCCUCGACGCAGCACUGCUCGUGCUGCGCGCUCUCCCAGAACUUCCCGCAGCACUUCCCCGAAACCUUCUCGGAGCCGUUCUCCGUGUGCCAGCAGGGCUACGGCAGCGACUCGUCCUGCAACAGCUCGGACGGCGUGCUCGUCAACUUCAGCGCCAUUUUCAACAAGAUGAACAACGGCGUGCCGGAGAAGCCGCCGGCCCCGGGACACGCCAACCUCAACAGCUCCACCGACCACUCCUGCACCUCGUCCGUUUCCGAUCCGCCGGGACACCGGCGAGCCUCGGGCGGAGGCGCGUUCUACUUGGACCUUCACACGUCCCCGACUGAACCGCCGCCGUCGCAGCAGCAACAACCCUCCUGUCUCGGCAACGCCUUCCCUCUCCUCCGCGAGCCGCGCCUGUCCACCUCCUCCACCUGCUCGUGCUCCGCGGAACACCAGGGCGCCCUGGACCUCGACGCCAACUGCAACUCCUUCCACCCGCCGCACUCCGGGUCGCCGGGCGACCUCGCCGCCUGCCUGCAGAGCCAGGCCCGGCUGGUCGUCGCCACCCAGAACUACUACAAGCUGGUCACCUGUGACAUCUCGGCGCAGUCGUCGCCGAGUCCCGCGGGCUCCUCGGUCAACAGCUGCUCCGACGAGCACAGCAAAGGCAGCCCCACGCCGACUCAGCCCAGCGAGUACUUCCUGUUCAGGCCGCGAGCGGAGCAGGAGGGCGUCGAGGAAGAGGACGACGACGGCGAGUCGUCCCGGGGCGAUGAUGAUAACGAAGAGGAUGGAGAGGAGGAGGAGGAGGAGGAGGAGGAGAAGAAGAGGAAUCACCAGGCAGACGGCGGGGCCGAAGCUGCCCCCGCAGUGAUCGAGGGCCAGGUGUACGUCAACACCUCCCCUCCUGUGGUUGGCCGGGCUCUCAUCGGGGGCGGGGCCCCGGCGGGAAGUCGCCCCCGCUCGCGCAGUUACGACCGCAACCUGGACAAGUCCCCGUCGCCGCGCCUCGGCUCGCUGGAGCGCAUGUUGAGCUGCCCCGUGCGGCUCAGCGAGGGCGCCGCCCCCGGCCCGCUGCCGCCGCCGCCGCCGCGGGUCACCUCCUUCGCGGAGAUCGCCCGCAGCAAGAGGAGAAACGGCGGCGCGGGGGGGUCGCCGUCGCUGAAGGCGGCCGCGGACCCGCUCUCCUCCUCCACCACGCACUCGCACUCCUCCGGGGACUUCUCUCCGAUCCCGGAGCGGCGCGCGGAGGUCGACAGUCAGAGCGCGACGCCCGCGCCCUUCGCCAGAUGUUACAGCCACGGCAGCAUCGAGCGACACCUGGACGGCGCCAGAGAGACGCGGGCCAAGGCUGAAGGUCUCUCCAGCUCCUCCUCCGACAGCCAGCCGGCGGUGGUCCGGUACAGCAGGGACCAGCGGCCCACCACCCUCCCCAUCCAGCCCUUCACCUUCCACCACCAGUUUGCCUCCAAACCGCCGCAGCCCAAGCCCCUGCUGCCCCUGCUCACGGGCUACGUCUCUGGGAUGCAGGCCCGCUCCGGCUCCGGAGGUCCGGUGGGGGAGGACGGCGAAGAUGCGGCCGAAACUGUGCACAGGUACCAGGGGGCUCUGGCUGGGGCAGCGCCUCCGCCCGGGUCGGUUCGUCCCUCGCCCCUCGGGAGCUACUCCCCGGUUCGUCUCCAGGGGGCGCCCUCCUCCGGGACCUGCUCCACCUGCACGCCCAGCCCCCAGCCGCCGCACAGCCCCUCCUGCCCGCUCUCCGCGGGCCUGCGCCCCCUGCACACGUCGACGCCGCCGGCGAGCCAUGGAGGGGGUUCGGCGCAGGCGCCGCCGCUGCCGUCGACCCCUCCGCCUCCGUCCUUGUGCGCCAAGAGGGGGGCCAUCGUGCCCCCGAUGCUGCCGCCGGUGCAGGGGCACUGCGUCCACCGCGCGGCUCUCCACAGCGACACGCUGAGUCCGCUGGGCGGUCUGGACGGCGAGGGGAGCAAAGGACCCGGAGCCAGGACGCACAAUGCGCACCACCUCUCUCCCCAAGCCCUCAAAUGGAGGGAGUACCGCCGGCGAAACCCACUGGGCCUGGAGAGGGUCUCGGGCGGCCACUCCGGAUCGGGCGUCCCGUCCGGUAGCGCCGAACCCCGGGGGGGCGGGGGGGCGCGGCCCGCCAGGCGCAACGUGUUUGAUUUCCCCUCCAUGGCUUGCGGCCACACGCUGGGACGGAUCCAUGUGGGCCAAUCGGCGAAGCCGCAGCAGAGCUUCGGCGACUUCCUGCCCGACUACUUCUCCCUGACCGAGAAGCCGCCGGAGGAGUUCUGCCUCUCCCCCGACGCCUCGUCUUCGCCCUCCUCCUGCGCCUCUUCCUCGCAGUCGCACGUCUCCGUGGACCUGACGCAGAAGAGAGCGCUGGUGAAAGCCGUGAACACCGCCGUGGAUCUGAUCGUGGCUCACUUCAGCACCAGUCGGGACCCCGACGUGAAGGCCAAGCUGGGGAACAGCUGGGUGAGUCCCAACGUGGGCCACCUCAUCCUGAAGUACCUGUGUCCGGCGCUGCACGAGGUGCUGCAGGACGGCCUGAAGGCCCACGUGCUGGACCUGAUCAUCGGACAGCGGCGCUGUCAGCCCUGGAGCCUGGUGGAGGCCUCCACUCAGCUGGGCCCGUCCACUCGUGUCCUCCACAGUUUGUUCCUGAAGGUGAGCCAGUUCUCGGAGCUCACCAGCCACAGCAUGAGGACGAACGCCUUCACCUUCGGCUUGCUCAACCUGAAAUCGUUGGAAUUCUGGUUCAAUCACCUCUACACACACGAAGAUAUCAUAGCGGCACACUACCACCCGUGGGGUUUCCUGCCCCUGUCGCAGGGGGCCUGCCAGCCCCUCUUCGAGGAGCUCCUGCUGCUGCUGCAGCCGCUGUCGCUGCUCCCCUUCGACCUGGACCUGCUGUUCGAGCCGCACCUCCUCCAGAGGGGCCAGGAGCACCUGCGCCGCAAGGAGCAGCUGUGCUCGGCGGGCCAGAGCGCCGACCGCUCGGCCCGCUCCACCUUCCAGCUCAUGAGGGGCUGGAGCGCCACCGUGAGCGAAAUGGUCCGGGACCCGAGCGGCGAGGCGAAGAGGGAGCGGGCGGCGCUGCUGAGGCGGGAGGGGACGUGGCCGAGGACGGACGGGGCCAAGUCGAGGAGGGAGGGGUGGGUAAAGGCCAGCAUGAGGAAGGAGGCGGGGUCGACGGAGAGCAUGACGGCGGGACCGGUCAGCAGACGGACAACGAUGGAAGGGGGGUUUGCCAAUCUCUGGACGGAGAGGGGGGUGGGCGAGGAGAGAGUGAAGGGUGUAGGGCAGGAGAGCCAAGGAGAAGGUGAGGACGGACAAGAGAAGGACCGGAGAAAGAGGAGAGAUCCGGCGGGCGAGGGGCGUCAGUUGCAGGAGCGACAGGCCGGCUGGUGGUACCAGCUCAUGCAGUCGUCGCAGGUCUACAUCGACCAGUCCACGGAGAAGUCCAAGUUCGUCAAGACGGAGAAGAGGAAGAGGUCGUCGGAGAGGCGACAGGGUCAACUGCCGCCCACCAGGGAGGGCGUGGUGGAGGGGGCGGAGUCCAGCCACGAAGGGGAGCGCCACGGAAGCAGGAAGAGCGAGGAGGGGUCGGGCGGAGCCGGGAGAAGGCCCCCGUGGAUGGGCAGCCCCCCCGAGUCCGUUGUCCACCAGGAGAGAGAGAAGACCAAACCCCCGGAGGUCACGGGCACCGGAGCCCGGGCGGCGGCCCAGGCGGAGAGCCCCUCGCGGGGGCAGAGUCUGCGCUGGGGCAGGCUCUUUGGAGCCGGCGUCGGUUCCCCCUCCGGAGCCGAGGCGGCAGAGCAGAAGACGAGAAGUCAGAAGACGAGACCCCCGUCAGGUUGGCUCGGUCUGGACGGGUCCGUCCUCGACCUGGUGGCGCAGACCAUCGGAGCAGGGGGCGGGAAGAAGGCGGAGCCUCCGGCGACUGUCGCUCACAACCAAAACACGCACGCGCCACCGACGUCGACCCAACAGUCGACGGCCGGACAACAACAGUCUCCCUGGGAAGUGCGAGCUCUGUGCCACCACGUAGCCGGCGAGCGCGGCCAGCUGAGCUUCGACAAGGGCGACGUCCUGCGCGUCCUGAGCCGGGCCGACCCCGACUGGCUGCUCUGCUCCCUGGGCGCCGCGCGCGGCCUAGUUCCCAUCGUCUACGUCACCCUGAAGGGCAUGGAGGAGAGCCGGGCGGAGAGCCGGGCGGAGAGCCGGGAGGAGAGCCGGGCGGAGAGCCGGGCGGAGAGCCGGGCGGAGAGCCGGGAGGAGAGCCGGGAGGAGAGCCGGGCGGAGAGCCGGGCGGAGAGCCGGGCGGAGAGCCGGGCGGACGCCGGCGGACUCGGACAGAGCUGCGAUGCCGCCGACGCCACCGCGUGGUGAAGAACAAGGGGGAAGAUGACGGCGACACGUAGAACUCUUGUUUGUUUGUUUGUUUGUUUGUUGGCUGCUGUUUAAAAAAAAAAAAGGGAGAACUGUACAUGGGAGGAGGAUUCCUUGACAAAUCAAAACACUGUAGAAAAGAGAUUAUUGGGACUAUGUACAGACAUAUGCAAGGGAGGCAUGCAGGCUCCCAGGAGCUCACAACUACUACUGUACAUCCGAGAGAACGUACGCAUGCACACACACACACACACACACACACACACACACACACACACACACACACACACACACACACACACACACACACACACAGGAAACAAAACCCAAAGACUCUCAAACACACUCUUCUCUCUCUCUCUCUCUCUCUGCGUGAAGCAGUGAUACUAUAUCGUAACAAACCAGUCCGUAUAUCAUCGUCCAUCUGUAAACUUCCAACAGGACGAGGAGGAGGAGGAGGAGGAGGAGGAGGAGGAGGAGGAGGAGGAGGAGGAGGCGCAGAUCUUCACCGUACAAUAGUCUCUCUAUGCGCCUGGCUGCACUUCGCUGUAUCGUCUCUACAUCCACCUCGAUGUGCUCCGUCACUUAGCGCUUCUUCUCUUUGUUUUGGAUCAGAUCCAUAAGAUUGGUGAGGUGGUAACUUCUUAUUCCAACUCCGCAGAGCUGUGGUCUCGGCUGUGGUAUGUUAUCAGGGCCCGAGCUCCACUGACAAAGUCAACUCAAUAAAGCCCCUUACCACAUUCCCCCUUGCUUAACAUUCGAUGUAGAUAAAUGAAAGCGGGUAGACACGUGUAUCACAUCAAGACCUACAAAAAAUAAAUAGGAAGUCAACCACUUUGAUUUUAAUUAUUAGUGUUAUUAUUAUUAGGGCCUUCGACCCCGGAGUUCGACCCCGAGAGAAAAGGAGGUUCCUGGGCAAGUUUGAAUCCUUUUUUUGUUUGAUCGCAGGAGAAGAGGGGACGGACGCUCACGGGUCCCACCACAUCUGCGAUGAACCAAUGACAGUGUCUUUUUCUUUUCUUCACAAUCCUGUUUGGACCUGCGUUCCUGCCACAUCCUGCACCUCGUCCCCCCCUUUGGCAGACGGCUGCCGUGGUGGCGCCUGUGGUUGUUUGCAGAAAACAGCGGAAGGAAGAUGGAGAAGCCUUUUUUAGGUUUUUGUUUUUAAUGGAUGUUUUGGGAAUUCUUCAAAAUGAUUAGUUUUGCAUUCAUGAGAAGGGGUUCAUUGAUCUUUGCCUUAAAGCGCUUGAGGAAGACAAAAGGAGACACGUCGAUAUAAUAAUAUUCGCCCUGACUUUACAGUAUAUUUUGCUACGACGCGUCUUGACUCUCCCAGAUUCCCCGUCUGCAGAUGUUCCCGUGGACUCGACGUGCAGAGGCCAGAGGUCUAUGGAUGAUAUUUUCGAUGGUCGCUCUGUGACGGCGUCUUUUGCGGGGACGUUCCUGUGCUCGUGCGUAGCCGCCGCUGACCUGUCCUGGUGUUAAACACGUGGCCUUAGGUUCAAAAGGAGUUGAUGAAGAACUCAAGUAAAGGUUGUAGAGUGUCAACAGGUGCCCAGUUCCAAACAUUACUAUAAUUAUAAAAUCAAUGUACAUUUAUUAAAUAAAUGCCUGUGUAGUUUUUUGGGGGGGAUAUCAUUUGAACCACGUCGAUUUCCCUCUCUCUCUCUCGCUCUCCCUCUCUCUGUCUCUCUCUCUCUCUCUCUCUCUGUCUCUGUCUCUCUCUCUCUCUGUCGCAUUACUGUACAUUUUUUAUUUCUAACAUUGAAUUUCAUCCCCCCCCCAAAAAACGCUUAAUUAUCUCAACUAAAUCGCUGAAACUGUAAAUAUAUUUAAAAAGUCGCUCAGUGGUUCAUUUCUUUGCCAUCGAUCUAUUAAUGUGUCAAAUGUUAUGUUAUUGUCAUUUGCUCCGGAUUUGACUGAGCCGAGCUUUGACAUGCAAACGUCUGCGGGGCCGACGUCCGGCCUCCCUCCGCCUGUAGAUACGUGCAGCCGCUCUGUGUCCGGGCUCCGUGACGUGAACGUUGCACCUUAUGGAAAACUGCUAUGGAUGUUAAAUAACACGUGAUCACCAAAACUCA